CACAACACUUCCUUCUUCCCUUCUCUCCCUCUCCCUCUCUCUAAUUCUCCUCUGUUGUUCGCAGAAGAUUUAUAAAAAAGAGGGUUUUUUCUUGGGAUUCGUAUAGUUUAUAGGAAUAAAAUCAAUCAUGGGUUCGAUCUCCUUGUCCAAUUCCGUGCCCAUAUCUCGAGUUCCGGUUGUUACUUCAUCAGUCAAUCAAUGCUUGUUUCCGUGUCCUCUCCUCCCGAAACGCCGACGUUUUGCUCCUCACACCAGGUAUCUGCUAAUCGCCGCCGCUCCCGCCGGCGCCGGAGCAGCUCCCGCCGGCGUUAACAACUCCUAUACGGCAAAAAAUGGGACUUAUAGAGUUGGGGAUUUCAUGACACGGAAAGAGAGUUUGCAUGUUGUUAAGCCCACAACUUCUGUCGAUGAUGCAUUGGAGAUUCUGGUGGAGAAAAAAAUCACAGGAUUGCCUGUAGUUGAUGAUGAUUGGAAUUUGGUGGGUGUUGUUUCUGAUUAUGACUUGCUUGCACUGGACUCCAUUUCAGGCUGCAGCCAAAACGACACGAACAUGUUCCCUAAUGUCGACAGUUCCUGGAAAACAUUCAAUGAACUCCAGAAACUGAUCAGCAAAACAUAUGGGAAAGUCAUCGGGGACUUGAUGACACCUUCGCCUCUCGUUGUCCGUGAAACUACGAAUUUGGAGGACGCAGCCAGGUUGCUGUUGGAAACCAAAUUCCGGAGAUUACCUGUUGUGGAUGCAGAUGGAAAACUGAUUGGUAUCCUUACGAGGGGAAAUGUCGUGAGCGCUGCUCUCCAGAUCAAAAGGGAAAACGAGAAGUCGCCUUAGAGAAGAAGGAUCACAGGUCAGCAGAUCUGUGAACCUGCCAUAGUUAGCCAGAGAGUACCAUUCUUAGAUUCUAUUAUUGAUAAGUAUAUAUAAAAUGCAUUUGUCUCCCGCCAGGCUUUUGUUUUCUAGAUUUUCCGAAUUCGUCGUGCAUUCAUCUGUAGGCAAACCCUGGUAUUAGCAAUUGAUCUACAUAUCUCAGAACAUACGGUAUUGGAAAUAUAUUUAUUUUUUUAGCAACGAUUGAUCUCA